AUGGCCGCAAGGCCAGAUCUCACAGUCAUGAACUCUGUUAGUUCAGCAACGUUCAGGUGGCAAGGGAGCCAUAGUAAGGUGUCCCCUCCUAUUGAUUUGAGCAAAAUCACUAAUACAGCCCAGGUCAAGGCACUCGUGAGCGGCACUAUGAGACAGGUUAAGGAAUGGUGCGAUGCGAAAAUUGCAAAUUUGCGCGGCGAGUUGCUGCACCUGCGGUGUCUUGCACAGCGACACAGAACUUGCGAAGACGUUGAGGUAGCUGUUGCCAAGUACGAAAACGCAAACAAGGCCUUGGUGAGGGCGAUCAAGGUGAGCAAGAACCGAUGCUGGCGCCAGCUUAUCACUAAUUUAGAUAAAGAUACGUGGGGCCUGAGCUACCGCAUUGCGCUAAAGAGACUGCGUGGCUCAAACCCAGUGGCACCGAUAGAGCCUUCCUUCUUGGAGGAGGUGAUCUCUUGUCUUUUACUGAAGUACCCUAAGAGGAGAUGGGAGGAGAUAAGUGUGGGUGAGGUACUUCUUCUUACCCUCGAUGAAUUGAGAUUGGUGGUAUUGGAGACGCUGGGACACAAGGCCCCAGCUCCAGAUUGGGUGCCGUCCGAGGUUCUCAAGGUCAUAGCCCAAAAAAAGAAGACGUUUAGCUGGAUAUGUUUAAUUUAUCUUUACGAAACGGACUGUUUAGCUAUUGGUGAAAUAUCUAAAGGCUUGUCCUUCUGGACCAGAAGGCAUAUACAAACUCCUCUAAUAGGGGAAGUCAGUCUCUCAGACAAUCAAUACGGGUUUCAAGGGGGACGAUCGACGGUCAUGGCUUUGGCUGAGGUUCAUGAGUCGGUGGAGGAGGCAUGGAAACCCUUACAUAAGACGAGAAGAACCUAUGUCCUUGUGACUCUUGACGUUAGAAACACCUUGAACUUGGCCAAAUGGUCUGCUAUAAUAAGGGUCUUCAGGCGCCAGAAUGUACCGGACUAUCUUAGACAGAUACUGGAUAGCUGUUUUCAGGAACGUGUCCUCCAGUACGACACGAAGAAUGGACAAAGAGAGAGGUGGCUGACGUUGGAAGUCACACAGGGCUCCACCCUUGGCCCUGACUUAUGGAACCUAGUCUAUGAUGACCUUUUGCGCCUUGAAAUACCUACAAGGGUCAAGCUGACGGGUUUUGCUAAUGACAUAGCACUGCACAUCACAGCAAGAUCCUGA